AUGAGUUUUCACCCUCGGGAUGCUUUCAUCCUCCACCAAGAAUACAUACAACGUCUCAACGAAGGAGACGAAGUCGACACAUCCGCCGAACAAAAAGUUGAACUGAACCUUCAGAGGCAUGCGGAUUCCGAGUCUGCAGCGACUGUCACAUUUUCUCACGAGGAUCAUACGCUAGGAAAUCCUUUGCGUCACGUGAUUAUGGAAGACCCGAGUGUGACGAGUGCCGGGUACGCCAUUCCGCAUCCACUAGAAGCAAAAAUGCAACUUCAUGUUCAGUCAAGUGAGUAUGCCGUCGAAACGGUAGCCAAGGGUCUGGAGCGUUUGGCCGCUAUUUGCGACGAGACGUUGAAAAGUUUCAACGCUUGCGUGGAGGCCAUUUCCGCAGAGGACCCUGAGGGGCACUAG